CAGACGCGGGCGAGCCUCGAGCGGCCGGGGGCUCCCCUCCCAGGCUGCCGGGCCGGGGUUUGCCGCGCCUGCUGCGUCCCCCGCCCACCCCUUCGCCUCAGCCUUCUCCUCGCCGCUUCUCCUCGUCCGAGCGGCUCGAGACCCGCGGGGAGCGCGGCGCAGUCGGCCCGCGGGGUGCGGCCUCUCGGCGUCUUCGGCGGCGACCAAGGACGACAGGGAAGGGGGGCGACUUGUAUAUGAUGGUAUAUGUGGUAUAUGAUGGGCUAUGGUAAUUUCCAAUAAAGUACACGACAGUACCCGCGAAUACCAGGCGGGCGACCUGGUCUUCGCUAAGAUGAAGCGCUGCCCGCACUGGCCGGCCCUGAUUAAUGAACUCCCAGAAGGAGCCGUGAGGCCUCCAGCAAAUAAGUAUCCUAUCAUCUUUUCUGGCAGCCCUGAAACUGCAUUUCUAGGUCCCAAAGACCUUUUCCCGUAUAAGGAAUACAAAGACAAAUUUGGAAAGUCAAACAAACGGAAAGGAUUUAAUGAAGGAUUGUGGGAAAUAGAAACUAACUCAGGAGUCGAGUUUACUGGAUACCAGGCAGUUCAGCAACAGAGCUCUUCAGAAACUGAGGGAGAAGGCAGCAAUACUGCAGAUGCAAGCAGUAAGGAAGAAGGUGAUAGAGUGGAAGAAGAUGGAAAAGGCAAAAGAAAGAAUGAAAAAGCAAGCUCAGAACGGAAAAAAAAACAUAUACUUCCAAGAAAUCGUCUAAACAGUUCCGGAAAAUCUCCAGGAGAUGAAAAUGACAAGGAUUGCAAAGAAGAAGAAAACAAAAGCAGCUUUGACGGUGGCGAUGCCGGUAAUGACACAAGAAACACAGCUUCAGACUUGCAGAAAAGUAGUGAAGGGACCUAACUACCAUAACGAAUCUACAUAUUAAGAGAAACCACAUGAAGGUUAUAUGUUUGGUUGUCUAAUAUUCUUGGAUUUGAUAUGAACCAACACACAGUUAUUGUUGUCAUUAACGGAAUCCCAGUUUGUAUGUACAUUAUUUACAUUCUUCUGUUGUGUUUGAAAAACAACAACAAAAAGAACCAAGACAUUUUAGUCUUUUUUAAUAUUAUUGACUUAAUUUCAUGUUAUUUUGUGGCAUGAAGUUGCCCUUAACCACUAAGGAUUAUGAAUAUUUUUGCAGAUUUAUACGUCUCGGAUCCUUUUAUCAAGGCCAAUAUGCUCAUCAUUCUCCUGCCUUCAUCCCACCAUUGCCAAACACUCAAUUAAAUAUAAAUUAGUGUUUUUUUAAAUGAUCAUUCAACAUAAUGCUUAAGGAUGGGAUAUCAUCUCUGUGACAGAACCCAGGAAUUAAUUCCUAGAUAUAUAAUGUUAGUAUAUUGAAGAUGAAAUUAAAAUUGUCCUUCAGUUUUGAGGCCAUGUGUAAAGUUUAACCACAUUGUAAAAUAUCAGUUAUGUAUUAAAAAUAGCUAGUUGAGAACUUAUACUCAAAACUCAUGUUGUUAUAAACACAAACUCAGUUUCUGUAUGUGAAGUUUGUGAGUCUUUUUGUGUUACUCCAAAAUAAAGGCAAAGAUUUUUUAUCCCAAUGCCAAUGCAAAACAAAACAAACAACAAAAAAGACAUGAAUACAAAUCGUAGUUGGAUGUCAAUUCCUUUCUCUCAUAUGAAAAAUCUGUAAGAAUGUAGAUCUAUAAAUCAACAUGACUUGAUAUUUAUAAAACAUUACAUGACAAAAUGCAAGAAUAUGCAUUCUUUUAAAUGUAGAUAAAAUAUUCUCCAAAUCUGUUUAUGUGCCAGACCAUAAAAAGAAAAUUACAACUGUUUGAUAAUGUUGAAACCAUACAAAAUAUAUUAACACAUAGUAUUGUUAGAAAUCAAUAAAAUUCAGAUGCUGAGAAAUCACCAAAUAUUAAAAUCAAGCCACAUGCUUAUAAGUGAUCUGUGAGUAUUAGAAGGAAUCACAAUGGGAAUUCUAAAAUGUAGUGAAUGAAAUAAUAAUGAGAACAACAGCCAACAUUUCAAGAUCCUCCUAAGGCAAAGCUGGGAGAAAAAUACUAAAAAUUAAACUCGAUAAUACACUGAAAUUGUUAGAAAAAGAAGA